UCCACACGACGGACAUAUCCGCGCAAAUCCCUCCCGCGGACGUUCGUUCCGCCGCCCGUCCGGCUGCGAAGCACAUUCAGACGACGGACGAAGCGAGCAGACGGACGCGCUGGAGAAAAAAAACAUGGCGGCACUGUCUGAAGCGAGAGCUGCCCGCUUCAAAUCUUUAAGCUCUUCGUAGCGCAUCGCGUGGGCUGUUAUUCCCAAACUGAUGGUUGUGUAGGCUUUAGGUCUGUGUCCUCGAGCUUCGACGGCAACGUAUACAUGACUAUUUGGUACUGUUUCCGAGCGCCGUACUCGUUUUCUGAAAAGUGUAGGCUUAGCGACCACCGCUAUUGCCAAUACAUGAGCUCGGUGAUCUGCGGUAGCGCUGGGGCUACCAUAUCUCGGAGCUCAUGAUAAUGUGCGAAUGUUUGCUUAUUCUUCUUUUCUAUAGAUGGCGCGACCAGUCUGAAAGUAGAAAACCCAUUCAUCGCUAGCCAUUCGAGGUUUAGGUUUCCGUCUAUGACGCUGAGUUUGAAGUUGAAGUGAAUAUGGAGGUCGAAAGAAAGCAACGAAUAGCUGCAAUGGCUGUUGUAUUAGCAGAAUUAGACGAUGAAGCGCUGUUCUUCCCUGUAAAACGAUCUUGUUGGCAAAAGGACUACAUCGCUAACAAGCAUCUGGGUAUGCAAUAUCAACUCUAUCGUGAACUUUUGCUUAGCGACAGCCAAGAAUACAGGAGGCUUCUGCGAGUGUCGAGAGAGCAGUUUGUCCAGUUGCUGUCGCUCGUAGGACCUCGCAUACAACGACAGGACACCGUAAUGCGGCGAGCCAUAUCAGCUGAAACAAGGCUGCAGGUCACGCUACGAUACCUUGCUUCAGGAGAGAGCCACCACUCCUUGAGUCGCCAAUUUCGUCUGGGCCACUCGACUGUAAAUGAUAUCAUCCAUGAAACAUGUAAUGUAAUUUAUGAAGAGCUGAAGAAUGAAUUUCUCAAAACUCCAAGCACCGAGGAUGAGUGGAGAGACGUCGUUGCUGGUUUCAGUAGAAACUGGAACUUUCCAAACUGCGUUGGAGCGAUGGAUGGAAAGCAUGUGAUAAUUACUAAGCCAGCAAACACGGGAACAGUUUACAGAAACUACAAGAAGAGCUUUAGCAUUAUACUGUUUGCCGUGGUCGAUGCGAACUACAAAUUUUUGUACACGGAUGUUGGUGCGCCAGGGUCACAGGGAGAUGCGGGCGUCUGGCAAACUACGCCUCUGCAAGCACACUUGUCAAACAUGUCGGCUGGUCUUCCGGAACUGGUCAAGGUGGGAAGCUUGCCUGAUCUGUACUUGCCACCAGUUUUCGUCGGUGAUGACGCGUUUCCUCUUGGAAGAAACUUGAUGAAACCGUUUGGGGAACGUUCGUUAUCAGAAGAGAAGAGAAUAUUUAAUUACAGGUUAUCCAGGGCUCGGCGUGUAGUUGAGAGCACCUUUGGAAUACUUGCGAAUAGGUUUAGAUUUCUGCACACCGUGAUUGACGCUGAGCCAAAACGGGUGACAUCAAUGGUGAAUGCAGCAUGCGUAUUGCACAACUUCCUCGCCAAUGAAUUGAACGCAGCUGACUCGUGUGCCGACACAACGCCUACUGCAACUCUGUUCUCUACACAGCCUUAUUCUCGCGGACGAGUAAGUGCUGUUGGCUCCGCCGUACGUGACAGCCUAUGCGAAUUUUUGAAUGGCAGGGGUGCUGUGUCAUGGCAGCGUACGUCAGCCCACUUGGAGGCCGAUGUAUACAGAAGGCCAUAAGAUUACGCAAAGAUAGUGCAAGAUGCACAUGCGUUGUCAUAAAAUAAAGUUGUUGAAAAAUAAAAUGCGGUUUGUUUAGUUGAA